AUGGCGGGGUUCUCAGCUUAUGAGGCAAUUCCCCAGGGCGACAAUGGUGAUGUUCGGAAUGCCAACUCAUCGGGUAUCCCGAAUCGUAAUUUCAGUCCGAUCGUGGUGAAACCGGAGACAUAUUAUGGUGAAGGACCAUUUGACCCUCCCAGUUCUGACGACGAAGGGGACGACCUUCUGGACAAGGAUGCAAGACAUUCUUCUGGUGCUCGUGGAACGCUCGCAGACUUGGAGGAAGACGGACAUCUCGCAGUAGGAGAACAUAAGACUCGGAGGCCUAUUUCACUGCGCCUGCUAAUCAUCGGUCUUGUUGCUCUUGUCUUGACUGCGGCAGUUAUCGGCAUAUUUGCUGCUCUGUCGUACACUGGAACGCCCUUCCGCGUGCAUGGCACUCGGCAUAUCACGAUGGACCAUGUCUUCAACGGCACGUUCAAUGCUCAAAGCCAAGGUAUUCUCUGGGUACCUGAAGCCGGGGAUGGUGUGUUCGCUACCACCAAAGACGGGCACAUUGUACUGGUAGACUUGAAGACCAACACUACCAAGAAUUUAGUUUCCUUCACGGACUUCAGAGACGAGCACGGCCAUCUACUCAAUUGGGUAGACUGGAAACUUUCAUCAGAUAUGAAGUAUAUGCUCAUCAAGGUUGACUAUGUCAAGCAAUGGCGACAUUCCAGCUUCGGCAAUUACUAUGUUCACGAACUGGAUACUAAGACUACAUUCCCACUCACCAGCGUCACUAAUCCUCCGAUUGUCGCCUACGCAAAGUGGUCACCUACUGGCCAGUCAAUUGCAUACGUGGCAAAUAACGAUCUCUACGUCAUAGAGUCGCCGUCGCCGCAUGCAUCUGCUAUUCGCGUGACCGCCUCAGGUAAUGCGUCUCUCUUCCAUGGUGUUCCAGACUGGGUAUACGAAGAAGAAGUCUUCUCCGCGGAUUAUGCUUUAUGGUGGUCGCCUGACGCCUCAAAGAUCGCCUUUCUGCGGUUUGACGAGACAGCCGUCGACGAAUAUACGUACCCAAUCUACAAUCCCACAGAGGAUGCAAAUGCGGUUGUCCCAUACCCGAAACACGUCAACAUGAAAUAUCCCAAACCGGGAUACAAUAAUCCUUUGGUGUCCGUGCAUGUUUUCCAGAUGGACCAGUACCUGAACGACAUACACGCUGGAUAUUAUUCUCCGACUGCUCUUGCCGGUGCCUCCUUAGAGCUCAAUUGGGACAGUAGGCAACCAGCCAAUAACAGCAUAAUCCAAGAGGUGGUAUGGAUCGCAGACACGACACUUCUCGUCAAAGAAGUAAAUCGUGCAGGUGAUAACGGCACGGUAGUUCUUUUUGAUCUUGUCACCGAGCCAAAAAGCCGCGGUCAAGUCGUCAGAAAAUUAGGCAAGAAAGGCGAGCAAGGAGACGAAGGCUGGAUCGAUGCUAUGCAGACCGUCUACCCUAUUCCAGCGAAACUAUCUCCAGACGGGUCUCCGUCAUAUCUGGAUAUUAUUCCAACUUCCUCGGGGUAUAAUCAUAUCGCAUUGUUCAGCCCAGCAAAUUCCACUACACCUCACUUUCUCACUUCCGGCAACUGGGAGGUCACUGACACGAUUUUGGCUGUGGAUGCCAACCGAACCCUUGUAUAUUUUCAAGGCGCCAAUCCAUCAUCUACAGAACGUCACAUAUAUUCCGUGCAAUUGCCCACCAUCAAAUCCUCGGGAGCUCCUAAGCUUACUAGCCUAACGGAUACAACCAGUCCCGCCUAUUACGAGGCGAACUUCUCGCCUGAGGGAGGCUUCUACCUUCUCACAUAUCGUGGGCCGCAAGUCCCCUGGCAACAAAUAGUUCAACCAGGAAACCACGAUUUUAACUACGUCCUCACAGAGAACCCUCAACUCAACGACACGCUUCGACAGUUCGAGAUGCCAAUUGUUACUCAUUCAACGAUCGACAGUGAUGGCUAUGAGCUAAAUACAUUUGAGAUGCGGCCUCCUAGGAUGGAUAGUUCGGGCCGAACGAAAUAUCCUGUACUGUUCCGUGUCUACGGUGGUCCUAGCUCGCAGUUGGUCAACUACAUGUAUGGGCAUGACUGGCACGAUUUCGUUGCGUGUUCUUUGCAGUACAUCGUGGUCAUCGUAGAUGGCCGCGGCACCGGGUACAAAGGACGGAAACUGCGCAAUCCAGUCAAGGACAAUCUGGGAUACUGGGAGACAGUCGACCAAAUUAAUGCUGCUAAGGUCUGGGCGGCCAAGAACUACGUAGAUCCAAAACGCGUAGGUAUAUGGGGUUGGUCCUAUGGAGGAUUUAUGAGUUCUAAAGUGGUGGAAGCCGAUGCUGGAAUCCAUUCUCUGGCAAUAGCUGUUGCACCUGUUACUAGCUGGCGGCUGUACGAUUCAAUCUACACCGAGAGGUACAUGAACCUUCCAGCUGUCAAUCCAGCUGGCUAUGUCACUGCAUCGAUUUCGAACGUUACUGGGUUCCAAGAUGUUGAGUAUCUCUUAGCACAUGGCACAGGAGACGACAACGUCCAUUUUGCGAACUCGGCGCAUCUCAUAGACAUGUUUACCAAGGCGAAGGUACGAAACUUUUCGUUCAGGAUGUUCACGGAUAGUGAUCAUGGUAUCAAUCGACGUGGGGCUAAUAGAGAGCUGUAUGAGUAUAUGACCGAAUUUCUGGUGGAGAGAUGGGGCAAGGGUGGAAAGCGACGCAGCUAA